AUGUCCCAAACUUCGAAGAAACGGAAAGCAAGUGAGAGCUCUUCUGCCGCCCCUCAGCAACCCAAGCGUCUCGCUAGAGAUGACUCGGUGCUUGCGGAGGCCACAAGUAGUAAGCUUGGGCUUAGUUCCACUUCAAGUUAUAGCUUGGUCAACCUCCCGUCUUCGGCAUCAAAGUUUAAGAAACGAGAUAUAGAGGCGCUUAAUAUAACGUUUCGCGGAGCUUCAGAAAAUGAUGUUAUACCCAGCGUUGAAGUAACGACUAUCCCACAGGAAUAUAUUCUUGACGGGAUUAACAGAUCUUUGCUUAGAUCACCAGAUUUUAACGUUGGCAAUCUUGAGGGAGUCUCGGAUGAUGAUGCUAAGACGUUUAUCGAUAAACUGCAUGAUAUCACGGAGAAUUCACUUGAAGCGGUAGGGACAAGCGAAACCUACACUGACUCGCUAGUAGACGAUUUGCUUCGUGUCGUUAGGUUGAAUACCUGGCCAUUAAAGAUUCAAAAUCACCCACCGUGCAAACUAGUCAUCGAUGGUGAGACGUGUGUGUCAUCAGAACCCGAAUUUGUCGUGAAGAAACGGAACUUUGCGCUUAUCGUUGUAGAUGACAAACAUUUGAAAAAUGUCAAAAAAGCCGGAUUAGCCACUAAAUUUGGGGAAACCCAGAUCGCUAUAGAGAUUCUUGCUUGUGGGAGUGAGAAUACGCGUUCUCUUGAAAAAGAAAUAUAUAUUGAUCAAACGAUCUGGGCUGUUCGUGUAAUCUCUACAUACGUUACUUUCUAUAAGGCCGAGAUUCCCGCCCCGUAUUGGAAAGAACUUGUCGACGGUCUACCACAAGAGCAGUCAUUUGAGAUUCAAAGAUGGCCGCCUGACAAUGGUUUAACGACAGGUUUUGAUCUUUCUGAACCGGACGGAAGACGAGCGGUAUUGACAGCACUAAGCAAAAUUCGUGAGUCACUUUUACGGGAAGGUGCAUAA